GGUUUUGAUGCGGGUCCGUUACACGUCACUCGGGCUGGAAACAUGGCGGAGCGACGGAAGCAGAAGAAGAGAAGCCAGGAGGUUGGGGAACCAACCAAAGACGAGAAAGCAGUGGCUAAGUACCUGCGCUUCAACUGCCCAACCAAGUCUACCACCAUGAUGGGCCACAGAGUUGAUUAUUUCAUUGCUUCCAAAGCAGUGGACUGCUUACUGGAUUCCAAGUGGGCAAAAGCAAAGAAAGGUCAGGAAGCUUUGUUUACAACCAGGGAUUCAGUGGUCGAGUACGGCAACAGGCUCCUUAAGAAGCAAUUCUUCCACAGAGCAUUGAAAGUGAUGAAAAAGAAGCCUGAAAAGGAACUCAAAAAGGAGAAAGGAAAAAGUGAAAGCGGAAAAGAGGAAGAAAAGAAAAGUAAGAAGGAAAUUGUGAAAGAUGAGAAGAGUAAGAAGGAGAAAGAAAAGAAAAAGGACACUGAAAAAGAGGAAAUCAAAAAAGAUAAAAAAGAGGAAGCUCCAGGAACACCAAAGAAAAAGAAAGAUGCGAAGAAAAAAUUUAAACUGGAACCGAACGGUGAUCAGAUUUUCAUUGAUGGAAAUGAGGUGUAUGUAUGGAUCUAUGACCCAGUUCACUUCAAGACAUUUGCAAUGGGACUUAUAUUAGUGAUUGCAGUGAUAGCUGCCACUUUAUUCCCCCUCUGGCCUGCUGAGAUGAGAGUGGGUGUUUACUAUCUUAGUGUUGCAGCAGGCUGCUUUGUUGCCAGCAUUCUCCUCCUCGCUGUAGCUCGAUGCAUUCUCUUCCUUUUAAUUUGGCUUCUCACUGGUGGCCGACAUCAUUUCUGGUUCUUGCCAAAUCUGACAGCUGAUGUUGGGUUUAUUGACUCCUUCAGACCUCUAUACACACACGAGUAUAAGGGACCAAAAUCAGACUCCAAGAAACCAAUCGAGUCUGACACUCAGAAACAAUUGAAGCCUGAUAGCAAUGACAAAUCAGAUGAUGAUAAAGAGAAGGAAAAGAAAGUAGAAACUGUGGGUAGUUCUGGAGUGGAGGGUUCGACCAGAGAGCGACAGUCAGAUACAGACAGUGACAGAAAAGAGGAUGAUGGCUCCCAGCAUAGUAGUGGAAAUGGAAAUGACUUUGAAAUGAUUACUAAAGAAGAACUGGAACACGCCACUGAUGAUGAUGAUGACGACGACGAUGAUGAAGAGAAUGACGAUGAUGAAGAGACACAGCCAUUACACAGCGAAUCGUAAAGGAGAUGUUCCAUCUCCAGCAGCCGCAUGAGUAGCUGAUGUCAAACCAUUCCACAUUGGGAUGGAAAACAUACUGAUACACAAUGAUGUAUCAAGCCAUUGGGAAAUGUAAAACUCAUGUUAAUUGUAAUGUUUGAAUUUUCCUCAAUCGCAGUGAUUAUAAACUGUGAUGUAUCAGCAAGCCGUUAAUACUGUAGUAAAGCUUUUAGUGUAAACUGAUUUCCUACAGAAAGGAAUGAAAUUGUGUUCCAUAAUAUUGUCCCCAUUAUGAUGCUUUUAAAUACUAUCCUUCCAUUAAAUCAAUCAUCAUCAUGACAA